AUGGCAGAAAAAUCAUUGCCUUCCGUCAACACGGAAUCAAUAGAGGAGUCACUCCACCGGCUCUCCAAGAAGCCCGGGGUCAAGGCCUGGCUUAUGUUGGACCGAGCCAACGGCACCGUUCUCAAGACCAACGGCCAGAUUUCUACGAUUAGACCUGCACGAUCUAUAGACAGGAAGGCUUCAUUGCCGAGCCCUACGGGCGGUUCCUUCUCGACCGACGUUAGCGCGAGUACCGAUAACGAAACCCAAGCCGCACAAGAGCUCGCUAGCAUGGUGUGGAGCUUCUUAAGUACGGCAGGGAGCUUAGUAGACGAGAUUGACACCGAGGAUGAACUGAAACUUUUGAGGCUGCGCACAAAGAAGCAAGAGCUAGUUAUUGUCCCCGAAGUUAAGUAUCUGCUGGUAGUUGUCCACGAUACACCUCCCGUAUAA